ACUUUGGCGUCAAUUGGCGCAGCGUCAGUACCAUCAGCCGGCUUGGUUACCAUGCUGAUCGUUCUAACAGCAGUUGGUUUACCAGUGAAAGAUGUAUCACUGAUUGUGGCCGUCGACUGGCUUUUGGACCGUAUCCGGACUUCGAUCAAUGUGCUCGGUGAUGCGUUUGGUGCCGGAAUUGUGCAUCACUUUAGUCGAAAACAAUUGGCAGUGAUUGAUAAUGAGCAUCGUUUGGCCCAGCAGGCUUACGAUGAGCAUGGUUUGCAGUCUUUUCGUAUAAAUUUUCCUUCCUAA